AGUAAGAGAAGCACUGAAGUGAAAAUUAGUGAGUCUUGAAAUAUGAGUCAUUUAUAUAGUAUUCUCACAGAGGGAGUUCCUUGCUUUAGCAGAACCAACAGUGGAGUCGACCAUGGGGAUGCAAGAGGACAUAGCAGUGACCAGGACAGUGAACUUAUCGACAGUCGUCAACAGAACCCUCCUGGACUCAGACUUCCGUUACACACUCUUCCCAUUGUUUUACGGUGUUGUGUUCGUCCUUGGUCUGAUAGCCAACAGUUACGUGCUGUUCGUGCUGCAGCGCCUGCAAGACACCAAGGCCAUGGUCUUCUUCUCUUGGUCUUCUUCCUCGUAGUAGUCUGUAAUCUGCUCAUUGCCCGGGCCCUGCUCGCCCCAGUCCCCUACCCAGCAUCGGGGCUCCAGUUCAUACAUACCCCGGGGGGUGAAGGACCAGGACCUGCAGAUGCUGUGAGCCGUGUUGGGGGUGUUCGGGUGUUCGUGGUGUGCUUCCUCCCCCACCCUGUGGUCCAGGGUACCUGGACUCUGGCUGUACUGGAGAUCAAGGAGGGCUGGGGAAGAAUGGACUGGGGCCAGCGGACCAGGCAGUGGCUUAACGAUGCCCACCAGGUUACCUUGAUGCUGAUGGGGCUCAACUGCCGCCUGGACCCUGUGGUGUACUGCUUCGCCACCAGGAAGUUCCGCCUGUACAUCAAGGACAAUCUGAAAAAGGUGGGGAGGAGCAAAGGAUUUUCGGAAACAGCCAUCACACACAUUUCUAUGGUGGAGUGCAAGAAUGUGAGCCAGCGGCACCAUAGCGAACAGCAGCAGCUGAAGGUUUAAAUCUCUAGAUGACAUGGUAUUGUAGAUAUUGUGUCUAAUGCUAAUACUGUUGUUAGUAACCACAUCCUUAGGAUGCUUCAUUCCAUCACACCCACACCUAACAAUGAACACAUAGUGCAGAACAUGCACUCUGCUAUGUAGCCUCAUGUUCAUUCAGACACAUCACAUGAACAGAUGCACCACCACACAGCCCCACCCAGAGUAUGGUUCCCCUCUAGAUUUCCUUCCUGUAGGGAUUUGUCCUGGCCACUGUGCCAGCUAUAAUCAGUGCUUUAAAGAAUCUUUGGACCAUUGAUUCUUUGUUUUCACAUUUCAGAUGUACUGUACAUUGUAUCUCACACUUUGUUAUUGUGACUUCAAUUUAAUCACGUUUCUUCCUGUUCUUCCAGUGUAAUCAGAGAAGAGAAGCAGACGUUUUAUAGGGAACAGGAGCUUCUAUAAAGGAUUGCAAAAUAGCUCUACAAACUCAGUCCCAAGCCACUAGACUAGAUCCUUAGAUAAAAUGGAGAUCAAAUUACAUUUUAAAUAUCACAUGCGCCGAACAGAACCGUACAGUUAAUUACUUACUUACAAGCCCUUAACCAACAAUAGUCCUAUCACUAUUGGAGCCUUCUAAAUUGGUUGUUGAACAAUAGCAAUUAAUUUAAAAAAAAUCCUUGUUCUUGAGCACCUAAUAUGGGCAUAUAUUCACACAUAAAAAUGAGGUUUUCAGGAUGCUGGCUGUCCGUCAAGUUCAUGCAUGUUGUGAUAAACUAAGCUUUGUAAUGAACUGAAACUGUAAUUGUGAAACUAAGAGUUGCAUUGAUUUUAGCUUACAUGGUUUUCACCACUUAUGGAAUUGCAAAAUGUUCAUGUGUGGUGAGAUGUGAAACUGUAUUUGUUUUGCAAUUUAAUUUUGUAACAUAGCAAAGACACAUUCUGGGAGCUUAUUUAAGUAUGUGAAGCAUCGCUAUCCCCCUGGGCACAGAUGUCAGUUCAACGUCUAGUAUUGAUUAACAUUCGGUUGAGUUGUCAACUAACGUGAAUUCAAUAUGAAAUCAACAAAUUUAAAAUAUAUAUAUAUUUUUUGUUGAAAUUACGUGGAAACAUUGAUUCAACCAGUUUUUGCCUAGUGGGAUUAUUGUUAUUGUAAAGAAUAAUCUUCACAAUCCUUUUAUGACACUGCCAGCUACUGAAAUAUUAACAGAGACGUGAGGGUCAUGAAGUUAAUAGACCUCUGGUAUAAAUGUUGCAGUAACUGCAACUCUAUGUUUUUGAUGCAUUUAAAACAUAUUGUGUAAUACGCUGUACUGCAUUCUCAAUGUAAAUAUGAUUUAACAGAUACAUUACAGUUCAAAAGUUUGGGGUCACUUAUAAAUGUCCUUGUUUUUGAAAGAAAAGCUCAUUUUUAAUCCAUUAAAAUAACAACAAGUUGAUUUGAAAUACAGUGUAGACAUUGGUAAUGUUGUAAAUGACUAUUGUAGCUGGAAACGGCAGAUUUUUUAUGGAAUAUCUACAUAUUAUGAGCAGCCAUCACUCCUGU